AUGCAGCAGGCUGUGGCGGAAGAGAUCACGGUUGUGCGCCAUCCUGCGGCAGUGGGAAGUGCGGGCGCGGAUUUGCCUUUGCCUAGCCUGGAAGGCUACACCAUUGUGGUGCCAGCAUUCUGCGUCGGUAAUGUGAGCCAGCUCUGUGCGGACGUGCUGGUGGCCACGUUGUCCAUGAUGCCGGCCCUCGCUUUGGACCAUCCGGCUCUGGUCCCGGCUAUCGGCAACGCCCUGCCCCGUGAGCGCCAGGUCGAGGGCAUGGUUCCAGGCAUCAUGACGGCUGCUGAAGGUGGGUUGCCUUGCUUUGCCUGGCCCGUGCACCUUGCUCACCGCUGUUACGAACAGCGGCUCACCGUUGGCGCGUGA